AUGGCUACACCAAAGGGUAAAACUUCUACCAAUAGAAGUGAUGAACAAGAAAUUGAUCUCAAUCUUACAUUUGGUGGUAUUUAUAAUACUGGAAAUUCUAACGGAAUUUCAGUGCCUCAACCGUUUUCACAAAUUAUUGCAUCUGUUGCCAAAAAUCCUGCUUUUCAGUGGGCUAUUGAGAUUAUGAGAUCUGAAAUUAAUAACAACUCAAAGAUAGGGAAGAUAUGCCUGAAAUUUAUGAAUCUGCUAUCAAAUUCAAUGGAAAAGGGUAAGUCAAUUCUCUUACCAGAAAGCAAUGGAGAAAAGCCAUCGAAUAAAGUUAAGAAUUUUGAUAAUGUUGUAACUUCGAUGAAUACUAGUGAUCUACUAAGGACUAUGCCUUGUGGGACCACUUCUGGUGGUAUCAUAAAUGGAAAGCUGACAGAAGGGAUUCUCUAUAGUGGUGGAGAAGAAAAGAGAAUUUCAAUACAUUGUAUUUGUCAUGGAAUGUUCUACACGACAGCUGAAUUUGUGAAGCAUGGCGGUGGGAAAGAGGUUGAUGAUCCCAUGAAAUUUAUUAAAGUAGUUGAUGAUGCUUAA